AAAAUGAGGAACAGCUGAGUCUCUCACUGCACAGAGUUUAUAAAUAGGGGCCUGAGUCUGCCCUUCCCUCCUGGAUGAGGUGCAGCUUAACAAUGAACCCUGCAGACAGUUUUAGGUUGUCUGUGCUUUGUUUGUGGCUGCUGCUUGGUUAUGUAAAUUGCGAGAAUACCCAGAGAGGUUAUGUCCGGGCAGGACAGGCUCCAGUGGGUGUCCACAAUGACAGAAGAGCUUCUAAGAGAUGGAGUAACCCACCUUUUAUCAGAACCUUUAAAGCUGGUUACAAUGGCAACAUUUACCCUGCAGAAUAUCACACCAAAGACUCUCAAUCCCCACUAAUCCGAAGCCAUCCUCCGAUUAUUCCUGAAAUACAAAAAAGCAAAGUUCCAGAAAGCCAAGACGGCUUCUUAAACCCUGGCUUAGCCUUAGUAACUCAGGGACAAAAUACUUUGGUGUUCAAGCGCUUUGGGAACAAGGCAUUCACUUUCGCUGAUGGCAAGAAGGUUCAGCAGGUAAACCCUGAGUCUGAGUUCUCUGCAGGUGUAGAUCAGCGUCCACCCCAUAUCUCUCCCACCAGAUUUAAAUCAACAGUAAGUUUUCCCGCUGUGCAGAUGGAAAAAGCACCUGUAGCCUUUGGACCCAACGACAGAAGGGUCCCUGUUUACUCAUACAGCAGUAAUGCACGUCCAAGUAUUCAACCCUUUGAGUCUCAUCUGAAAUCUGAGACACAAACGAUUCACGUAAAAUCCUCUGGGCCCAACUUUUCCCCCAAAGGCUUUAAUCAUGGCAGAAGAACCUUCUUCAGACCCAUCGACAAAGGACAUUUUCCUGGCAGCAAUCCAGCAGGAAAGGUUGAGAUGCGUAUAUCUUCUCAAUCAUGGAGUCCAAGGGUCUAUAGCAGUGAUGGGAUGUCCAAAACAAGAGGAUACACCCAUGUGCGCCACAUUAAGCCUAGUGUUGAAAGAACAUGGCACCAAGCGACUGCAGGUAGGAGGACUCAGGACAGCUGGGGUCCUCCACCAACAGAGAGAACACAUAUCCCGGUCUAUGGAGGGAAAUUCAAACCUUUCCAAACACGUCUUACAAAUGAUGAACCCCCUGCUUCCACCAAUUCAUUAGACAUUACAACUGCUCCCAUUCAGACAUUUCCAGAGACAACCCAUCCCCCCAAUUUGACUUCCACAGGUAAUGCUUCAACAGCUGUUCCUCCAGUCACUGGAGAGUGGAGCACCAAGUCCGCUUCACCCGUGCAGACAGAGGGCCGAGAUGCAGAGCUCACAACAGAGGCAUCAAACCCUGAAGGCCUGUCUGAAAGCGAAGCAGAAGUUGGAUCUUCCUUGGAACACAAUGGGUCAGUUACAGUUUCUCCUCCAAAGCUACAACCAGAAGAUGAAGGAACAAGAAGUCCUACUACUGUCUCAGGUCUUCAAAACCAAAUAUAAUUGAAUUGAAUUUGACCUGCCAGAUGCUGAUUUGACAAACAUCAACACUGGAGGCAACAUCAGCAAGAGGAUAAGAUAUCUGUUUUGGUAAAAAUGUAAAUACCAAGUUCUAUGGUGGGGAAAUGGUUGUUAAUGAGAUCUUUCUCCUCCAGAUUUUACACCUACCGUUCUGCAGCUUGUCCAGUAAAGUGUCUGACUGUUAAUAAAGAAGAACAUUUAUGCUUGA